AUGGAGUAAGAAAACGUGGAAGGUCAAUAGUUUAAAAUGUAAGCUUACAUGUAUAUAAAGCCUUAGGGACCUCCUCCUGAGGAUAAUUAAAGCUAGUAAUAGUCUCAAUUAAAAACUCUUAAAGAUAAAAACGCCAGCUUUUUUGAAUUCUAAGAUGAUGAAUAAUCAAAAAAUGAAAAAAAAUAAGAAAAUGAAAUAAACAGCUAAAGUUAAAAUUUAUAAAAUCCUAGUGAACAAAGUUAAAUAGAAAAUGAGAUUGAGUAAUAGUUACCACAGGAUCGUGAUCUUUACGAAGAAAGGAAUAAAGAUGAUAAAUUUUCUAUUUUCAGUAUCACUGUAACUAUCAUCCUUAAAUUAAUUUGGAACACAGUUAUCUUAUACCCUUUUAUGGCUCUUGAUGAGUUCUUCUUUUUGAUUAAAUAUAUAUUUUCAUGUAAAUGCAGUAAAAGAAAUUUUCUUUCUGACUUCGUAAAUCCAAUAUUUUGCAUAAUAUUUUCAUUUACCAUAGUUUAUGUAUGCUAUGAAACAAUUAAAGAGCUUCUUUUUGAUGAAAAGAAGGAGAAUGUCUACUUUUUUUGGUACAUAGAUGGAUUUAUAAUGUUUAUUACGCAUACUAUGAUAUUUUCUAUCAUAUAAAUGACUAAGAAAAAUGACUUUUCUCUAAAAUUCAAAAAUAUUUUUAGUUUAAACAAGGAAGAUGAAGAUGUAUUAUUUAUCCACAUAGACGGAUGCUUUUCUACUUCUAUUAUGGAUACACCUAUAGACAAUAAAUAAUGGCUGAAAGAAUACUAGAGAAUUAUUUUUGAAAAUUUGGAAGUUGAUGUAUAAUCUUAGAGGUUCAAUUGUUUAGUUAAUUUUAUGAAAAAUUUGAAUAUUAAGUAGUAUAUUGGUUUCUAGUUAGUUAAAGGGUAAAACAAAUUUCUAUCUCCAUGCUCUUCAUAGUUUUUAACACUAUCAGCAAUCACUUUUCUUAAGAUUGUAUUUUGUGUUUACUAUAUUUUUUUAUAGUAGAAGACACUUAAUCUUCAAGAUUUAUUUCAUAUCUCUGUUAUUACUUUAUUUAGUAUCAACGAAGUGUAUUGCUUAAACUGUAUGCUUAGCAGUUACGAUCUCCGUCGUAAGACUAUAAUGUCUAAUAAUAUUAACUAAGCUAUUAAAUUAUAUGGAGAUGAAAUAGAUUAUAUGAACGCUAUUGAUGUAACUUGUGCUUAAAGCUUGGAAACAUGGGAUAACUCACGUCGUGCAGUUUAUGAUUAUUAUUAAGAAAUACUUAAAAAGCUUGAGUGGACCUACACUUGUCUAUUUUUUUACUAUUUAUUUGUCUUUAAUAUUACAAUAGCUGCUUAUGGAGAAAUUUAUAUUGUAAUUAAUAAAGAAUCAAUAUUAUUAAAACCUCUAACUGUGAUAUCAUCUACUUUCACCUUUAUUCUUCUUAAUACCUUAAUUUUAUUUAGAAUAUAUUUUGGUUCUAAGUACAAUGAUGUUUUUGAUGAAACAAGUGAUUAGAUAGAUUCAAUUGCAUCAGUUGUUUCUGAUAUGGAGCAGCUAUAUGAUUACUACUUUAAAUAAAGAGGAACUACAAAAUAAAAAUAUUUAGAAAUUGUCGAGGACCACAAAAUUGGAUAUCAAUUUAAAGAUGAGCAAAUAACAAAACAAAUUGAUAAUUAGCAUCAAAUUGAGGAUAGUAGUAAUAUAAUUAGACCUUAAAACGCAGAUCAUACAGAAUAGUACUAUAAACCCUAAAUCCUUGAUAAAAGUUCUUUUUAAAAGCAAAAUGAAGGUGAUUUGAAAUUGUAGGCAUCUUCUAUACAAUUAGAACAAGACUACUAGGAUGUAUUUACUUGCUAUGACAUAUUAUGCUCGAAAAUAAUGUUUGUUUCUGAUUUCUAUAUCCAGAAUUAACAAUAGUUUCAAGGAGUUAUUUAUUAAAAAUAUUAAGAAAAUAUUUUAUAAUAAAAAAUCUUAAAAAAUAUAUUGAAAAGUUUAAAGAACAUUCAAAAAUAAUUGAUUUAAGACAGUAAACUGAAGUGCUAUUACGUCUUUAAUCUAUUAAAGUUAAAUUUUUAAGAAACUUUUUUCACAAUAGCACUAGGUCUUUUGACAUUAAUUCCACAAAUAAUAACAAAAUUUAUAGAGUAGUUUUAAUAACAUCAGCAAAAUACAUUUUGA